AUGGAGGAUUUCGUAGACAAUCUAAUAGAGGAUGAAGCUGAAAUACAAAGGCUUCGUUCGAAACCCACCUGCUUCAUCAUAGUUGGAAGGCCGGUAAGUAUAUUGAAUAAAAAGUUCUUGACCAGUGUUUGGAAUGGAGUUGGUAAAUCCACGUUGGCCCGAAUGGUUGCUGAAUCCUGGAAAUGUAUCCUUAUUGAUGGUGGGUGUAUUGUAGGUUCUUUCAUUUUCAUACUUAUGCUUAACUCACCUGAUGUUGAGCACUAUGGAUAUGUGUUGAGCUGUAUGCCAUUCCUAUCCGAGGAGUGUCUGAAGAUUCAGGAGCAGGUUCAGCUUAUCAGAAACUUCAAGCUUGCCCCUGAUUUCAUCAUCAACAUAAAGUGUGCAGACAAGGACCUUGUGGAAAGACUGUCGGGUGUGAAGCAGCACCCAAUUACAGGGCAGUUAUACAGGAAAGAUCAAUGGAAACGUGAAGAGGUUUACAUCAACAAGAACAAGAACAAAGAUCAGGAAGUGGACGAUGAGGAGGAACAGGACUACAUGUCAGAUCACAACCCACUCUACCUGUUGGAGCUGAAUGGAAACAAUACUUCGGAAGAGCUGCACUUGUCAGUGAUGUCCCGUCUUGGAUCCAUGGCCAUAAAGCCUGUUGCUGUUCCUGUCCUUCUCCACAAUAGUGACGACGAAGAAUUACCAGAGAGCAUCAAUACGGAGGACCUUCUGAGAAUUAUGGCAUCAAAACAGUCACCUGCCACAGGCUAUCGGUGGAGAAGGAGCCGCUGGGGUCGAACCUGUCCUGUUGCUUUGAUUGAGGGCGAGAUCAUUCCUGGCAGGCCUGAGUUUUCUGUGGGCUUCCAGGACAAACUCUACAUCCUUUCAUCCCAGGAGGCCUACCAGAAAUUUGUCACAAACCCCAGACGGUACUUGCUUCCUCCAAUGCCAAGGCGCCCCUGUAGAGUUUCCAUUAUUGGACUUCCUCAUGCUGGAAAGACCACUAUGUGUAAGAUUCUCGCUGAGGACUACAAUGCAGUGGUACUUGAUGUGGAGGAGCUGUGUAAACAAGCUGUAGCAAAGGCUGAUCAAGAAAAGCUUGACAAAAUAAAAAAAGAGACAACACAGGCUGCAAUAGAGAAAAUCAAGAUGAAGAUGGAACAAGAUGACGAACUAAAAUUGGGCAAGUUGACCUUCAUUGCUUUUGUGUUCAUUAUCCAAUGUUUUGUUCCCCUCUCAGUGACAGAGGAUCAUCCAGACGUUCAAGCCAUGGUUCUCGGUGCCCUUGAGGAAGCCAAACAAUUGACCACAUCUCCCCAUGAACUCUAUGAUGAGGUGCUAGAGAAGCAUAUAAAAGAGGUAUAUGAAAUUGCUGCCAAAUACCGUGAGAGAACCUUCUAUUUCUCUAGUCAGGAUGCUAGAGACUCCUUUAUUCAAAACCCUGCACAAUUUGCUGCACAGAACAAGCCUCUCAAGCCUCCUGCCUUGCGAAUCUUUCUGCUGGGUGCUAGAGGUUCAGGCAAGUCAACUCAUGGUGAAUGGUUGGCUCAGCAGCUUGGGCUUUUCCACAUCCAGUUCAGGGAGCAGCUCCAAAUGCUGAUGAUGGCUAAGACAAAAAAGAGAGUACCUCUCACUGAUGAGGGAAUUAGUUUAGUGGAUGAUUUGAGCGACCUGGAGACCCAAAUAAAGAAAGCCAUGGGAGAACCUGAGAACGAGACAGAUAUUGAAUCUGACAAUGUGAAUGACACAGAGGAGGAAGUUGAUCUUACUGAAGAAGAAAUGGCCAUCAGAGUUUACCUGUCUGAUGGAGAUCAGCUUAGUGCACAGAUUCUGGAUACCGUGAUUGCACCAUACUGGAAACAAGAACCCUACAGGUCCACCGGCUUCAUAUUAGAGGGCUUUCCUCAUACUCCUGAGGAUGUGCAGUACAUAUCAGAGCAGCAACUUUUUCCUGAUGUUGUCAUAUUCUUAGAAGUAGAUGCACUGAAUGUUCAGAAGCGUCUGCUGCCAACGUACCUUGAGAAAUGGCGGGAGUUUCAAAACAACCGUAAAGAAAAGUUGGAACUCCUUUCGAAUCUGCGCAAGAAAAAAAGGGAGGAGCAAGUGUCUAGGAGAAGGGCUGAACUCAUGGAAGAACAAGGUCUCAAGGAAACCAAAACAAAGUUUAGGUUUCAAAUGGGGGAAAGUGAUGAUGAAGAAGACGAAGGUGCGGAAAAUAUGGAAGAUGGGAUUGAGGCCAUACUGGAAGAGGAAUUUCCUUUAGAAGAAAAUCCAGAGGAGGAGAAUGAGGAGACUGAGGAUGUCACCACUGAAAGACUACAGAUGGAAAUAGAAGAACGUUUUGGAACAGAUGAAAACAGACUCGUGACUGUGACGGAGCUCCUGAGUGAACUUCAUAUACCCAAACUGGUAAUCAAUGGAUCUCGCAAGCUUCAAACAGUUCGUAAUCAACUGCUGCAGAAAAUCCAGCCUCUGACAGCCAACAGAGAGUCCCUCUUCCAAACAUGCCAAACCAUCUCAUACACCCUAGCACACAAACUGCUGCUCUCCUCCUAUAAGUUCAACAGUUCCUUUGGUUGCUGGGACCCCAUUCAGCAGUGCAAAGAGAGAGACACUGUCCAUCCUCUGUUGUGGCCUCUCAACAACACAUAUCCCCUCCUUCUGCAUCAGUACAUCUACUUCUUCUCAACCAAGGACAAUCGCAGCAAGUUCAUGCUCAACCCGUUAAGGUACCUGCGGCAGCCGAAGCCCACCCCUACACUCCCCGUUAAAGUAGUAGUCAUCGGACCACCCAAAUCUGGAAAAACCACUGUGGCACAAAUGUUUGUUCAAAAAUAUGGAUUGGCUCGGCUGACCAUUGGUAGUGCCAUGCGUAUGGUACUGGACAAACAGAGCCACACUGAUCUGGCUGUCCAGAUGAAGAAGUAUCUCACUCAGGGCCUUGCUGUGCCUGAUGAACUGGCCAUUCAGUGUUUAGAGGUAGCCCUCAUGAGCUUGGUCUGCAGCACUCAAGGGUAUGUUCUGGAUGGCUUUCCAAUUACCCUCAAACACGCAGAGCUGAUGGGGUCCCGGGGCAUCAUUCCCAUGAUAGUAGUUCAGCUCGAGCUGAACACAGUAGAGGUGCUGAAGAGAGGCCUUGCAGACAAGAUGAAACCCAACAAGCCUUUUAUAAUGCAUGACAGCUCAGAGAUCCUUCUAAUUUGCAACUCCAACUACAAGAAAGAGGUGGUGCACAUCAGGAAUUACUUCCAACAACAAUAUCAUAACUGGAUAAUCCUAGAUGGCCUAAAAAGUAAAUGGUGGAUCUGGAAGAGCAUCAUAAAAGAGAUCAGCAUCAGCAUGAAAUACAUCAACACUUACCUGGAGAGAAGGCAAAGUGGCAAAGCAGCCUGCAUCAACAGGCUGUGUAUCACACCCAAAGAGCUGAAACGUCGGCUUGGAGAGUUUUGCCAGUACUGCCCGGUCUGCCUGGCUCUUUAUCACCAUCUAGUGGAUUGCUCAGAAUCUGCAGCGUUGACCAAUGCAGCUGAGUACAAGGGACACUAUUACAACUUAUGUGGUGAAAAUCAUCUCGAGAAGUUCCUAUCAACUCCUGAACAAUUUGUGGCAUCUGACCACCCAAAUGCCCUCCCAGAACCCCACCUGUUGCCAAGAAAGCUGACACAGAUCCAGGUGAAGAACAGGUUCCCUCAGCAGGUUGAAAUGAAGGGUUUCUGCCCUGUUACCUACCUGGAUGGAAACCAAAGAUAUGAAGCUCUGGUUCGAGGAAAGAUAGAAUAUGCUGUGGAAUACAGAGACCGGAUCUACAUUUGUGAAACGAAACAGAAACAGGACAUGUUUUUGAGGACUCCUGAAACCUACUGGGAGCAGAGGCUGCCCAGUAAAUUGCCUCCUGUGUGUGAACCUGUGCUCCUCACCUCCCUACCAACAUUGGGCUACCUGGAACAAGGAGUGGCAGUCGCUGUAAUCAAGGCCAUGACAGCUGUUGGGUGUCUCAAACCAAAAUAUCCCUUUCUCAGUAUACAGAGAUCAGCUCUCCUUUAUGUGGGAUUCUAUUUAAAAGCUUUCAAUCACAAAAGCACAGACUACAACCGCCGGAAAUACAAAAGGAGGCUCGCCUUGUUUGAAGAAAACUGUGCACUCAUCCCCUAUCUGAGCUCAGUGAUGACAGGGAACUACAAACCUGCCAGUGAACGUCCUAUUGAUUUUGAGUUCAAACUGAACAAGUUCCUGGCAUUGGGAGCCUCCGGAGCCAACAAUGUCCUGUAACUUAUUGUUUUUAGAAAUGUUGAA